UCUUCUUGCAAGUAGAAGGAACAAAGCUUCAGAGUGUCAAUGCAGUCUGAAGGAAAGCUCGAAGUAAUCACAAUAUGCUUGGGGUUAUAUACACAUGCUUCAUGACUAUAUAAGGUUUUCCGAUACAGGCGCAGUCAAAUAUCAAAUACAUUUCAAGACGUCGCACAACAGUAAUGUCAAGGAAACUUCAAGUCUGAGUAUCUUUGAUAUUUAGCUAUUUGUGAGAAACCUUCAUCCUUGGGUAAAGAAAAAACAAGAAUAUUACAUAUUCAAUUAUUGUUGCAUUUCUCAUGCGAGCUGUGAGUAAAAUGUGUCCUCGACAGUAAACUGAAUUUUUCCAUUACAAUGAUUAUUAAUUUUCUUCAUUCAAUUCUAUUAGUUUAUUUGUUUUUAUAAAUAAUUUUGUGUGGGAUAAAGCAUAGAAAAGUUCUAGCUUAUUUCUAUAAAGCCUAAAUAUCGAUCUAAGCUUGAUAACAAAAGAAUGAUGAUUUGUUUUGCAGUCCCAGGCACAUGUGAAGAGGGUAAAGAUGGGACAAUCUGGGAAACCAUCCAGCCUGGAGGACACUCAGGGAGGCAACAGUCCCAAAAUGUCCUCACCGAAUCCGCGGGCCCCACAGCUCAUGCUAUGCGCAAUAUUGAGGACGCUCUGAGCGCCUUAUUGUGCUUACUGGACAUGCAAAUGCUGCAGCACAUACGGGACUGCACUGUGGCUGAGGCGCGCCGUAUUGAGGCAGACAGCUCAUGGGAUCUCUCCGUUGCCGAGCUGAAGGCCUUCAUUGCCCUGCUUUACGUGAGAGGAGCGUUCAACAAGAACAUCGAGUUGGAGAGCUUUUGGUCCGAGGAAUGGGGACUGGCUUUCUUCAGGACCACGAUGCCGAGGAACCGCUUUAGGCAGAUAAUGCGCUACCUGUGCUUUGACAAAAAGGAUGACAGGCAUGCCCGUCUGUGCAGUGACAAAUUUGCCCUGAUGUCUGAGGUGUGGGGUGGAUUUGUCAGCAACAGCAUUGCCUGCUACAAACCUGGGGCGUGUAUUACUGUGGAUGAGCAGCUGUUCCCCACCAAAGCACGGUGCCGUUUUACUCAGUACAUGGCCAAUAAGCCAGACAAAUUUGGCAUAAAGUUCUGGUUAGCUGCAGAUGUUGAGACCAGAUACUUUUUGAACGGCUUCCCAUACCUGGGCAAAGACGAUACGAGACCAGCUCAUCAACGUCUGGGAGAGAGUGUGGUGAUGAAGCUGGUGGAGCCAUACGUGGGAAAGGGAAGGAAUGUCACCACAGGCAAGUUUUUCACGUCCCUCACCCUGGCCAAAAACCUGCAGCGGAAAAACACCAGCCUGGUCGGUACAGUCAACAAGGCCAGACGGGAGCUGCCGCCUUUAGUCCAGGAGCAGAGAGGGGAGCUGUUUGCCACGAAGGUGCUCAAGCAUGAGCGGGCCACCCUCACAGUUUACCAGGAGAAACCAAGAAAGAGUGUCGCACUCCUUAGCACCAUGCACCCAACUGUCUCCAUUGGGAGUGAUAGGAAGAGAAAGCCAGAGACUGUCACUUUCUACAAUGUCACAAAGGUCGGGGUUCAUGUGCUGGACCGGAUGGCUCGUCGUUACACCGUAAAAGGUCGAACUCGAAGGUGGCCUGUCGCUGUGUUCUAUAACCUUCUGGACAUGGCUGCGAUAAAUGCUCAUGUCCUGUUCAAGGCAUGCACCUCGACCACCAUCCCCAGAAGAGCUUUCAUUCUUGAGCUGGCAAAGCAACUGAGAGAGGAACACUGUGUGUCAAGGCCAGUUUUGUGCUGGUGCCCAUGGAGCCACAGCAUCCACAAGAGCCGAAAAGGAGGCAGUGUCAGAUUAACACGCACUGCAAGAAGAAUAAGACCGGUGUCUCCUGCAAGGGGUGCAAGCGCCCUGUGUGUGGGAAGUGCACCGUAAGGGUUGAGCACUAUUGCCCCUGGUGUGUGUGUUAGGAGCCGGGGCGCUCUCAAAGGUGCUGAUCGUGCCUUUGUUCGUCUGUUUGUUUGUUCGCCACUGCAUCUGUAAUGGAUUUCUGUUGUAUAUAGUUUUUCAUGCCCAAAGAUAGCCUUGUUUUUGUUGAUGUUGUUUUUGUUGUACAUGUACUGUUCAUUCAUUAAUUUGCACCCAUGUGCGUGCGUGCGUGCGUGUGUGUGUUGUUCAAAUUUCCUCUAUGUCGAGGAAACAAAUCCAGUUACAGAGGAGGAGAAGGAGCAUCAAUAAAAACAGUUUCCUCUCAUUACUUUGGUGUUUAUCUCUGUUUUUUUUGCAGUGUUUUUAUUAAAACUCAUAGCCUAAUAUAGCCAACAAUGUAAUAGACUAAAAAUCACCUACCUUCUCUGGUCAAAACAAAAACAAACCAUUCCUGACUGGAAUCAGAAACUUAGAAGGAGGACAUUCUAGCUGAUGUAUUUUUGUGAGACAAGACAGCACUUCAACUCAGCAUGUUUUCUUGAUGUCUGAUGAUGUAGACCCUUUUAAGUGUUGGUAAACAAUGCGACAUAUUUUGGUGGUUGGGGCUUAGCUGAAGGAAACACAUUAUGUCUGGAGGACAUAUUUUUUGUUCUUCCUCUAGAACUGAAUGAAGCAGACAUCCAAGAGCUGUAUCUGAUUGCCCCUGAUGCUGCUGUUCUUACCAGCAGGGAAGACAGUGACAGUGUGAGCCUGAGGAGCCUCCAGAGUUGCCACAGCCACUCACUUGCCUUUUUAAGACCCCACACUCACACAGCAGAUACCAGUGAACAUAAAAGAGUAAUGUGAGGAGGCUCUUUGUGAAAACAUGAGAAACAUCCACCCUGAACAGUGUGAGAGACUUGAAGCCACAACAAAACAAGAGGCAACAUAACAAGACUGGCUCGCUCAGCAGAACAUUUUACAGUGCACGUAAAGGUGGCCAUAUAGUCAAAACAACCCUAAUAAAAAUCAUGCACUACCGUGACAACAACAUGCAGGUUGAGAGAAGAGACAAGGAGGAAAAUAGUGAGGCAGUGCUAUACUUAAGAGUUCAACAAUACACACAUGAAGGUUAGCCUCUUUUUUGUGGUCAGAUCUGAUCAGCCACACAUCAGCGCAUCUCCGUUUGGGAAAUGGCUUGUUCCCUCUGUGCCGACGGGGUUCUGGAAAUCAUUUUUUUCUUGUAAUGAAAUGUAAAGAGUAUCACAAGAAAUUAACAAUCAUUUUGGAAAAAAAAACAUCAUUCUCAAAGAGCAGAGUAGAAAAUCCUACAUGUUCUGAGUUCAUUGUUUCCACACACAACACACACACGCUCUACAUCCAGGAGGCUAAUUAGGCUAAUUCAGUAGAUAUUUUACAUAUUGCUCCUUUAAAUGCUAGAAUCUAAAGGAUUAGGUCAUUCUGCUGUGUUCAAAGUUGAAAGUCUUAUGAAACCUGAGAAUUGGACAAAUCAUUACAUAUCGCUUCUUCAGAUUAAUCAGCAAUGACAGACACGAUUGGUUAGUUAAAACCAGGGACAUCCGGCCUUAUUUGAAAUCAAAUCAUCACUUUUGAGAACCACUUAGCGAACAGCGAUCGUUGGGCAACAUUAAAUGUACACAUUAAACCACUUCCUACUUCUAUCACGUGAUCGCAGCAGCUCUGAAUUAGUUCAGACUUCGCCUGCAAGUGCAGCAUGUGAGAACACAUAAGUCUGUUGAACCAGGAAGUAAUAGUCUGCCAGUUAUCGCUUUCAGGAAUCUGAAAUGAUAACGAUUUGUCAGACUCCACUUUUACAUCACUGGCAGCCUUGAACACAACAAUAUGGCAUCAUCCUUGAUAACAGGGUUUGAGUUUCCCACCCUGAGUGUGGUGUAGUUUGGCUUGUUGUUUCACGUGACACUUGGGCCAUUAUGACAGUAAUACUGCCAACAUCUUGUAGUGCCUGUUCCAUGAUCUUUUUUUAGUGUGAUGUGUUGCUUUGCCUUUCUUGUCUUUUUACGUUAUCUCAACAUAUCUGUCAACAUUUCUG